AGCGGGCCGGGUGAGGGGUCCUUCCUAGGCAGGACCUGUCUUUUGGUCCCCGACGGGUCCUGUCACUUGAGUCCGAAGCUUUCCCGAAGCAGGUACCUGAGCGACGCGAACUAAGAUUUCACAAUGACUUCCCUCUUGACUUACACUUUUAAAAGUCUUCCCAGUACAUCAAAAUGGGCCCUCAGAUUUUCUUUAAGACCUCUGAGCUCUUCCUCCCAGCUGCAAGCUGCCGCAGCCGUCCAGACCAAAUCGAAGAAAACCUUAGCCAAACCCAAUAUAAGGAAUGUUGUGGUGGUGGAUGGUGUUCGCAUUCCAUUCUUGCAGUCAGGCACUUCAUAUAAAGAGCUGAUGCCACAUGAUUUGGCUAGAGCAGCGCUUCUGGGUUUGUUGCAUCGGACCAGUGUCCCAAAGGACGUUGUUGAUUAUCUUGUCUUUGGCACAGUUAUACAGGAAGUGAAAACAAGCAAUGUGGCUAGAGAGGCUGCCCUUGGAGCUGGCUUCUCUGACAAGACUCCUGCCCACACUGUCACCAUGGCUUGCAUCUCUUCCAACCAAGCCAUGACCACAGGUGUCAGCCUGAUCGCUUCCGGCCAGUUUGAUGUGGUUGUGGCAGGUGGUGUAGAGUUAAUGUCCGAUGUCCCUAUUCGCCAUUCAAGGAAAAUGAGGAAAAUGAUGCUUGAUCUCAAUAAGGCCAAGACUCUGGGUCAGCGACUGUCUUUAAUCUCUAAAUUCAGAUUGAAUUUCCUAUCACCUGAGCUCCCUGCAGUGGCCGAGUUCUCCACCAGUGAGACCAUGGGCCACUCUGCAGACCGACUGGCUGCUGCCUUUGCUGUUUCUCGGCUGGAGCAGGAUGAGUACGCGCUGCGCUCACACAGCCUGGCCAAGAAGGCACAGGAUGAAGGACUUCUUUCUGAUGUUGUGCCUUUCAAAGUCCCAGGAAAAGAUACAGUUACUCAAGAUAAUGGCAUUCGUCCUUCCUCCCUGGAGCAGAUGGCCAAACUAAAACCUGCAUUCAUCAAGCCCUAUGGCACAGUAACAGCUGCAAAUUCUUCAUUCCUGACCGAUGGUGCAUCCGCAGUGCUAAUUAUGGCAGAGGAAAAAGCUCUGGCCAUGGGUUACAAGCCGAAGGCAUAUCUGAGGGAUUUCACAUACGUGUCUCAGGAUCCGAAAGAUCAGCUUUUACUCGGACCGACAUAUGCUACACCAAAAGUUCUAGAAAAGGCAGGAUUAACGAUGAAUGAUAUUGAUGCUUUUGAAUUUCACGAAGCUUUCUCAGGUCAGAUUUUGGCUAAUUUGAAAGCCAUGGAUUCUGACUGGUUUGCCCAAAACUACAUGGGUAGAAAGGCCAAGGUUGGAUCACCUCCUUUGGAGAAGUUUAACAACUGGGGUGGAUCACUGUCCCUGGGACACCCGUUCGGAGCCACUGGCUGUCGGUUGGUCAUGGCAGCUGCCAACAGAUUACGGAAAGAAGGAGGCCAGUAUGGUUUAGUUGCUGCCUGUGCAGCUGGAGGGCAGGGCCAUGCUAUGAUUGUGGAAGCCUAUCCAAAGUGAUAGAUCAAGGAGAGGUGACCUGGAGUUUCUGUGCAACACUCACCCAGGCAAUGCCAUUUCAAUGCAUCAUUCAGUGACAUGUCUAGUUUCUAGCUCCUCUUAGGAAAACAAAAUUUGUGGCCUUCUGUUAAAUACUUUGCAAUUAUGCCUUGCUGGUGUUCUGAGCUUUCCAGUAAUCAUGGCUUACUACUCUUUCAGGAGUUUCUUAGUUACUAGAAUCUCUCACAGUGAGAAGUUUAAACAGUUGUCUCUAUUUUCUUUAAAGACUGAAUGAGUGGAUGUAAUCUGGGAAAGAGGUGAGCUGAAAUUUGGAGUCAUCUUUGUAGCAUUUGAAAAUUAUAUAACGCAUUCCUAUUUGUGACCUAAAGAUAAAUGUUUUCUAUAAAAUACAAACCAAUGUGCCUAAAUUAACUUCGUUAUGGAAAGAAUUCAGAACCUAAACAUCACUGAAAACUUAUGGUAAAUGUUUAGAUAUAUACACACCAUACUGGUUAACCUUAAUAAAGUGGAGAAGUAUUAGAGAA